AGUGCAGUAGACAGGACAUAAAAUUGAUUCUCUUUUCGAAACUAAAAAAAUAUUGAAAAGAUGGCGACUAUAAAAUACGUCCCUCUCGAAGAAGAACUAAAAAGGAAUCCAGAACUAAGAAAAGAAGAUAUAGAAGCUUUGCGAGAAUGGUGUGAAAAACAACCACAUUUGCCAAAAAUGACAGAUAGUGAACUUGUCAUUUUUUUACAUAGUAAUUAUUACCUUAUGGAGCCAACAAAAUCGACAAUAGAAAACUAUUACACCUCUAGGACCCAUCUACCAGAAUUUUUUUCAAAUAGGGAUCCAAUAGGUUCGAAAGAAUUGAGAGAAGCUAUGAAAAUUGGGAUCUACGUUCCUUUGAAGGGAACCACAAAGGAAGGUUACAGAAUUAUUUAUUCAAGGCUUACUGAUCUGGAACCAUCUCACUUUGUUUAUAAUGACAUGAUGAAAUUAUACAACAUGGUUAUGGAUCUUUUUAUCCUUCAUGAAGGAGCCUAUAAAGGACAUAUCAUUUUGAUGGACAUGCAGGGACUUCUUAUUAGUCAUGCAGGACGUUUAAGUCCUUUAGGAAUAAAAAAAUAUCUCUACUAUUUACAAGAGGCCCUUCCAGUUCGACUUAAGGGUCUUCAUUUUAUGAAUUCUGUUCCUGUGAUGGACAUUAUUUUGUCAAUGAUGAAACCAUUCAUGAAAAAAGAACUGAUGGACGUCCUGCACAUCCAUUCGAACAAAGAAAGUUUGGCAAAAUUUAUCCCAAUUGAAAUAUUGCCAAAUGAAGCUGGUGGCAAUGCUGGAACUAUUCCAGAAUUAAGAAGCAAUUGUCUCAAAAACAUUGAGGAACAUCGAGCCUGGUUUAUUGAAGAAGAAGCCACAAGAAGAGUAAACGAAUCGCUUCGUCCUGGCAAAGGAAAGACUGCCACAGAGCUGUUUGGAGCUGAAGGCAGUUUCAAAAAACUUGAUAUUGAUUAAUUAUGAGUGAUAUAAAUUAUAAAUUAAACAAAAAUAGUUAUAAUUUAGGAUCGGAUUAGAACUACUGUGAAGUUAGCUGAAGAGCGCAGCUCGGAUCUCACAUGCGAAGAAACACAGUUACAUCAGCGGCAAUCGUGCGCGCGUACGUCAGGCAUGCCCGUUGCUUCGUGACUUCCUCUGCCGCACAAUGGGAUGAAAUAAAAAAUCGAGGUUCAACAUUCUUAGAAAAAUUCAGCAUUAAAUUUUGGAGAGAUUCAUAUGGCCUGAUUUUGUUGUUGUUUAAACUAUUAUAUUAAUGCAAAGAAUGAAGAAGUCGAUUUUUCGUUGUUUUUGUUUUCUCUGUAAACAAAUUUUUUCUAUGAUCAGCAUUGUCAGACUUUAUGCAUUGGGGGUAGUUGAAAGCAAAAAAUGACAUUAUUAAGUUAAUUUUUAUAAACAAAUUAACUUAACAAAUAGUACACGAUUUCUUAGUAUCUUUAAAUGUCCACACCGGGCAUUUGUUUAUAUAAUAUGUUUGUAAAAUUAAUAAAAAAUAUCAAAUGAUAAUUUUCUAUCACUAAACAUCACUGAAGACAUUAUUUGAGGAAAAUUAAGAGAAAAAUCGAUUUCUUUUUGCCUUUAAAUGAAUACACUGGGUAUUUUUUUAUACAAUUUGUUUAUAAAAUUAAUAAAAAAUACCGUAGGCUAAUUUUCCAUCAUUAAACAUCAUUGGUAAUACAAUUUUAGGGAAAACAUGAGAAAACCCGAUUUCUUCCUGCCUUUAAAUGUCCACACUAGGCAUUUAUUUAUAUAAUUUGUUUAUAAAAUUAAUAAAAAAUAUCGUAUGUCAAAUUUUUAUGAUCUAGUAUUAAUUGUAUUAAUUUCUUCGAUGAAAGCAAGUAAUUUUAACGCAAAAAGGUAUUUUUCAAUCGUAAAAUCCAUUGCGUAGACUAUUUGUUAAGUUAAUUUGUUUAUAAAAAUUACCUUAACAAUGUCAUGAUUUUGUUUUGCUUUCAACUACAAGUUAUUUUAAUUCUCGUUUUUUGAUUUCAUCCUACUAUGUGCCGGGCUGACGAUUCUCCGAUCUAAUACGCUCCUUGGUUAUAAUGAAAUAAUUUCUUAAUAAAAUGGGCAGAGAAAAUUUAAAA